GCACCCGCUCGCAGGUGUGCCCAAAGACGACAAGGCGGAAGUGAGCGGAUCUCAACAAGGCAGGGCAGCGAGAGCCUUCAUAGGAGCUAUCACGAUGUCGAACAAUGACGAAACCCGCUAUUGUCACAGAUUCUCCUACUUGGUGCUCAAAUUUAUCCUCUUUUCCUAUGCCAUCGCUUGGUGGCUGAUAGGCAGCGUGAUUCUGGCGAUAGGUAUAUAUGCUGAAGUGGAGAGGCAGCGCUACAAGACUCUGGACGGGGUGUUUCUGGCCCCUGCUCUGAUCCUCAUCCUCCUGGGAAUUGUCAUGUUCAUCGUUUCGCUCAUUGGCGUCUUGGCAUCGCUCAGGGAUAAUCUCGUUCUGCUCAAGGUGUUCAUGUACACACUGGUGGUGUGCCUCAUCCUGGAGUUGCUGGGAGGAAUUUUGGCGCUAGUGUUCCAUAACCAGACAGUGGAUAUAUUAAACAAGAACAUACGAAGAGGCAUAGUUAACUACUACGAUGACUUGGACUUCAAAAACAUCAUGGACUUCGUUCAGACCAAGUUUAAAUGUUGCGGUGGGCAAGGGUUUCAAGACUGGUCGGUCAACAUGUACCACAACUGUUCUGCACGGGGUCCACUGUCCUGUGGAGUGCCUUAUACCUGCUGCAUCACUAAGUCACUUGAAGUAGCAAACACAUUGUGCGGCUACAAAGUAUUGGAACACGAGCGCUUGAACCUGAUAGACACCAUCCACAUUAGAGGCUGCACCGACGCCUUCUUCAUUUGGCUCAUGGACAACUACAAGAUUAUGGCAGGAUUGCUGCUCGGGAUCCUGCUGCCGCAGUUCUUUGGCGUAGCAAUCAGCUGGUUGUACAUCACCCGGGUGGAAGACGCCAUCAGCGCGUAUGGUCACUAUACGGACGGCCUCCUGGACUCCAACGCGCAAGACAGGCACCUCAAGAGGCAGGGUCGAAUGGCCAAGUGGUUUAUGUGUAUGCCUGAGAUUGACUGAAGAGCAGUGAGCUGACAGCUGAUGCUCAAUUGAAAACCCUCACUCAGGCAAGCAAUUUCAUCUCGGACUCAAAUCAAAUCAAGUCAACAGAACUGAUUUCCUCUCACCACUCAGGGACAAACACCAUAAAGUGACACACUGAACGAAUCGAGACUUUUCCCUCUACCCGUCGAGCUCUUGAAGUACAGUAUUACUUCGCAACACCAAGCGACACAUGCAAAAUUUCAUACUCUUUCAAAAAAUAUGCAACGCCACAACGCCUCAGCCGCUCAUCUCAUAAGUUGAGCCGAGAUUAGACAACACCCUGAGGAUCUCGGGGUCAUAAAGGGAAAACAUUUUUUUGUACAUUACUAUUUAUUGCGUGAACUUGUAGGAAUGCUAAAUUGUUUUCCUUUGCAAUUUUUUCCCCCAUUGCACAUCCACACAGUGCUGCCAACCUUUUUUUUUCUUCUUCAUUGGCCCUAAUCCUCUUCCGUAGUGUUGUGUGUCCAUGUCUUGACUUGAUGCCUGCAGUUCUGGUCAUCUGUAAGUGACCAAGAUGAAGUAUACUGUAUUAGGGAUAAUAUUUGGGAAUAUUAAUAUACGAGAUUGAGUUUUAAGAUUGUGCUCCUCUACCACUGAACCUGUGUGAUAAGUGAAAACAAAGCACUGUGACUUUUUAAUGGGCUCUCUUUUAAAUCCGUGGAAGUACUUGGAUUAAAUUGCAAGGUUACAAUUGCAUUAACUGGAAGAGUGCUUCUCAAACUUUUUACAAUUACUUUAGGUCUCCAAGUACCACCAUCACCAUUACUAUUGCAAGCCAAUUAAAUAAAUUUUCACGUUAACAUUGUGCUUGUAUAUUAAAAACACAGGGAAAAAAAGAACUGUAAUUAUUCAAGUGUACUUGUAUAUAAAAACAAAUUAAUGUAUUUUCCGCCUGAUAAGGCGCACUUAAAUGCAUUACAUUUUCUCAAAGGCCGACAGUGCACUUUGUAAUCCGAUGUACCUUAUAUAUUGAUCAAUAUUCUGAUUUCUUGGACAUAGUUUUUAAAAUGUUCUGUAAAACGCUUUGUUACAGCUGCAGCGGUUAUGAAAGCGCUAUGCAAAUAAAGCUGUAUUCUAUUCACUUUAGCGUAGCUCUGUCGAGUGGAUGCAUCACCCAACCUUAGUAACUUUAGAAGCUUCUAUUCUAUUUGCCUUACAAUGCAGCGCAGCCUAAUAUGAAAACACUUUUAAAAUAGGCCAUUCAUUGAAGGUGCGCCUUAUAAUCUAUAGCGCCUUAUAUUGCCGAAAAUACAGUACUUGUGUUUGAAAACAAACAGUUAAAGAUUAAAAUAAAAGUAUUGCACUUAAAAGUUAAAUACAACUGAACUUUACUGUACUUGGGCAGGAAUGUUUUUACUACAAGAGAGCCCACAUACUGCGACGCACUUGGCCAAUACUGAACUAUAACAAAGUGUACAUAUGAAGCAGCAAGUGUGCAAGUUCAUAUAACCCGGAGAUUGAAUGUGCUACUCACUACUGAAUAAUGUGCCUUUGACGUAGUACUGAAAUUGUCCUGAAUUUGUCUUUUUUUUUUUUCCCCCAGUAUAUUUUUUGUUCCCUUUUUGACCUCAUUUCAUCUUAAAUCAUGUUAUUAUAACAUGACACAGCACUCCAUCAGCUUUUAAAAUAAUUCAUUUUGCAUUGUUUUUAUGCCUCCCACUUGUUGUUCCUGUUUUGAUUCGACACUUUUCUAAUGAAUUUUAAUGGUGUGUGUUGAAGAUGUAAUUGGAUAAUGAUGAUGUAUGCAAGUUGCAAAUUGUUUUUUGUUCUUUGCAUGCAGAAAUGAAAGUGAAAUGAAGUAAG